UAGAAUAAUGUUACCACCCUCACGGGCGAUUUUAUGAAAACACCUCUUCGAGCCAUAUAGGGUAUGGCUUUGGACACAAUACAAAAUGUUGAAAAUUACAUUCGGGAUUUGGCCAAGGACCGAAGAAGCAGAUUUUCCGAAAAUUUCCUUGAUUAUGACAACCUGAGAUCGGGAUACGUAACCACUGGACAAUUUUUCAGAGUUCUCCGAAAUAUUAUCGGUGUCCCGUUGAGGAAUGAUGCAGAAGAGCUUAUUCUUCAAAAAUAUGGCGUGAACGAAAACAAAGAUGUCAACUGGAGGCAAUUUGCCCAGGAAAUUGAAGGGAAAUUUGAUGUCAAUGAUUUUACCAGAAUGCAAAGUUCUGAAGACAAUCGAGUAAGAUCAUUGUCGAAAGCUGACAGAUCUAGAUCUUACUAUGUGGGUUCCAAGGCACCGCAUAAACGUCCUGGUGACGAAAAAUACGAUAGUCUGAGGCCUAUUUUGUCACGCAUAAAUCAAUUCAUUGGGUUUCAAGGCUAUAUCAUCCGUGACUGUUACAAACAGUUCGAUGUUCACAAUGUGGGACUAGUAACAGAAAGCCAGUUCUAUCGAUCAUUUCCCGGACCAACUGAUAUCAGCGAAGCGGAAUUGACAAUGCUUGUCGAGCGAUAUAAAUCAAAUACGCAUCCUGGCUUCGUUGACUAUUUGGCUUUUGAGAGGGAACUCAGAGAAUUGCAGGCCGCAGAGGGAGUUGCUAAAAUGGGCCAACCAACAGAUAUGAAGGAAGGUAUUUGUAUACCUGAGCCAAAAGAAGAUUUUUUGCGUCCCUCGGUUGAAUUAAUUAUUGACCGGAUUCGGUUUGCGAUUCAUCGCCGGGGUGUGCGUGUCAUGGAUUUCUUUGUGGAUUACGAUAAGCUACGGCAUGAUGCGGUCACAGAAAAUCAGUUUGUUUGUGCUCUUAUGAUGGCGAUUGCCAAAGAAGCUCAACUGAGCCGCGAGGAAGUGCAGAUGCUGGCCAAUUGCUAUAGAAAGCAUUCAAACCCAAGAAUGAUUGCCUAUCGUGAAUUUUGUCGACAAGUUGAUGCACCCUUUCACACGUUGCAUCUCGAAAAGGACCCACUGAAACAACCAAAUAUGCCCAAAACUGGCGAGCUAACCAGAGGUGUAGCAACUUUGACCACAGAAGAGGAACAACGGGUUUCAAGAAUCCUCGACGACCUUCGAGCGAAAGUAGAGAAGCGGCGCAUUAUGACUUAUCCGUAUUUUCGAGACUAUGACUUGGGUACUGGGGUCACGAGAAUUGUCAGUGACACACAGUUUGGACGUGUUCUACACUUCCUCGGCCUAACCGUUUCACCGGAAGAUUGUCGCUUGUUGUGCCGGAAAUUCGCUGAACCUACCACCGGUAAAGUCAAUUAUACUCUUUUCUGUCAAGCGAUAGACAGAUGGUCUGUGCCUGGGGAAAUCCUGAAGCCAGACGACACUAGCGCUUACUGUGUGGAGCAAGAAAACAUAAACUUUGGCGUAGUGAUUGGGGACAGCAAAUCAGGCAAGAAAGUCAGUCGCCGCGAUUGGCUCUCUACAGUUGAGCCGCGCAUCAGCUCUGUCGGAGAUCAUUGGCCAGUAGAAGUACUCCUUGACCGUAUUCGACACCUAGUCCUAAUAAAUCGUAUUGGACUAAAGCCUUGGUUUCACGAUUUUGAUCAACUGCGGAGUGGAUACAUGACACGUUCACAAUUUGCUCGCUGUCUGACCGCGGCAGGAAUAAUGCGAUUGGACCUACAUGACUUGACUCCAACACAACUGAACACAUUAGCGGACCGAUACGUAUCACCAAAUGACUCUAACAUGGUCAACUGGACUAAAUUUGUCGAGGACGUGGAAACGGUGUUUACGAUACCCGAACUGGAGAAACAACCGCUUACGCGCGUUCUUCCGCAGGAGACCUUUGUUCAGCCCAAACCAGGCACGGCCGACUGGAGUACAGCUACAACCGAAAUGCGUGAGAAUUACGAGGACAGCAUGUCAAAAUUACGUCGUAAAAUUCACGAACGUCGUAUGCUGUUAUUGCCAGACUUUCUGGCAUUUGACAAGAAUCAUCGCGGAUAUGUAACAACGAAUAACUUCAGACAACUGGUCACAAUGUUUGACUUUAGUAUAAGUCCCGCUGGAAUCGAUGCUAUUAUUGCUCGUCACGCGAACGAUGAUGGAUUUGAUUAUCGCGGGUUUCUCGAGGUGCUUGACCCACCUUCUCCAGAAGAAAUCGAAUACAAGUAUCCCGAAAGAUUGAAGACUUUGCAAAUGACAAAUAUUCUCGGAAAAAAGAGACUAGAAAUGGAACCUGUUUUAAGGGAUACUGAAGGAGUCCUGGAUCAGAUCAAGGCGGAAGUUUACCGUCGUCGAAUUCGACUUUCUGACUGGUUCAGAGAUCACGAUAAACUUAACCACGGAUAUAUGCCGAGGUCAACUUUCAGGCGGUGCCUUGGUGUGCUGCCACUGUCCAUAGGCGAAACUGCCAUGAAUAUGGUAGAAGACCGAUACAAGGGUUCUCAACCGGAAACAAUUGACUGGCGUGCCUUUUGUGCAGAAAUUGAACAAGUGUUUCAAACGCCAGAUUUGGAGAGAAACCCUCUUAAGGAACCAGAAGUCUAUGUACCCGAUGCCCCGGUAGCUCAAAACCAUUUGUCACUGGACGUGGCUAAGUUAGCUGACGGUGCGAUCGUGAAGGUGGCAGAUAAAGUGCGUCAGCGUCGUCUCCAGCUGCUGCCUCUCUUUAGCGAUUUUGACGAGACACAUCGCAUGACAGUCAGUCAGAUGCAAUUCCGACGUGUGCUAAUGACGUUGGAUUUGGCAGACAUGCUGAGUGAGAGGGAAUGGUCUAGUCUAUACUGCAAAUAUCGACAUCCGUUGGGGGUCGUUGACAAUAUCAACUAUCUGGCAUUCAUCGAUGACGUCUACACCGCAGCUGGGAUGGACCCAAGAAUGCCUUAGGAAAAACAACCUUUCGAAUGGCUGACUCGCUAAAUAGAGACACAAUUAUUUGAAAAUACAUAUUUGACACAUCAAAGCACUGUUUUAAAACAUACGCCUGCAGGACAAGGACCAUCCACAAUGAGAAGGCAGUUCGGAGUGCUUUGGAGUUUAGUUCGCAAAAUAAAGGACUAGGUGCAAACACAAAUACCAACCACGUUGUGCUACAUCUUUCAGCUCUCCUUUGAUUCAGUUAUCUUCUCUGGUAAAUUCUUGUUUUAUUAAAGAGUCUUUCAGAAAGCUAGCAUGCUCUUCAUGUAAUUAACUUCUCCGAACCAGCUGAAGGGAUCAAAAGAUGUGGAACUUUAAUCGCAGUUAUUGCUUUUCAUGCUUACGACUAAACUUGUUAAUUCAUGUAAUAAUCCCACAAAAGCG